UGGAAUUCAUCCACCCCGCCAUACACCAUAUAAUAAUUAUUAGCUGCGUCGAGCUUCCUCCUGCGCUCCAUUACUCCUCAUUAUAUCCCCCCCUGAAACAUUAUCAAGAUGUCGUCAUUCAACAUUGUUGUCUUUGGAGGUGACCACUGCGGUCCUGAGGUCACCGCUGAGGCUAUCAAGGUCCUCCGUGUUGUUGAGAAGUGCCGCAAUGACAUCAGCUUCAACCUCCAGGACCACUUGCUUGGUGGUGCAUCAAUUGACGCUACCGGAUCACCAUUGACCGACGAGGCCUUGAACGCUGCUAAGAGCGCUGACGCUGUUCUGCUCGGUGCCAUUGGAGGACCUAAAUGGGGUACAGGCUCCGUUCGCCCGGAGCAGGGUAUUCUCAAGCUGCGCAAGGAAAUGGGUACCUUUGGUAACCUGAGACCCUGCAACUUUGCGGCUCCCUCGCUGGUCAACAGCUCCCCCCUCAAGCCCGAAGUGUGCAAUGGCGUCGACUUCAACAUCAUCCGCGAGUUGACCGGUGGUAUCUACUUCGGAGAGCGCAAGGAGGACGACGGCAGCGGCUACGCCAUGGACACCGAGCCGUACUCCCGCACCGAGAUUGAGCGCAUCACCCGUCUCGCAGCCCGUCUGGCACUCCAGCACAACCCCCCUCUCCCCGUGUGGAGUUUGGACAAGGCGAACGUCCUCGCUACUAGCCGUUUGUGGCGUAAGGUCGUCACCGAAGUCAUGGCCAAGGAGUUCCCCCAGCUCCAGAUCGGUCACCAGCUUAUCGACUCCGCCGCUAUGAUCAUGGUCAAGAACCCCAGACAGCUCAACGGUAUCAUCGUCACUAGCAACUUGUUCGGUGACAUCAUCUCGGACGAGGCCAGUGUCAUCCCCGGCUCGCUGGGUCUUCUCCCCAGUGCCAGUUUGAGCGGUAUCCCCGAUGGUCAGAGCAAGGUCAACGGUAUCUACGAGCCUAUCCACGGAUCCGCCCCCGACAUCGCUGGCAAGGGCAUCGUCAACCCCGUUGCCGCCAUCCUCUCCGUUGCCAUGAUGUUGCAGUACUCUUUCGACCGCUUCGCCGAGGCCAAGGCCAUCGAGAAGGCCGUCAGCAACGUCAUCGAGGCCGGUGUUCGCACUGGUGACAUUGGCGGCAAGGCCACCACCAAGGAGGUUGGUGAUGCUGUCGCUGCUGAGCUGGAGAAGCUUUUGGCAUAG